CAGGGAGCUCCGCCAAUUAGGAAAGUCUGGAGCUGACGGCUUCUGCGUCUUGGCUCCCUUGAAGGCUAGGGCCCCAGGCCUCUGUUUUCUACCCGACUCUUACCUGGACGAGGUUUCCGGUGCAGAGCGGCGUUAUGAAGGACAUCGCAGCCUCCCUGUGGUACCGGCGGAUGUCCUUAGUCUAUGUCAUCGGGGCUUGGACCACAGCCACCUCCCUUUUCCUCUCCAGCUGGCAGCGAAAGGGGGAUUUAGCCAAAGAAGAGGAAUUUAAAGAUGAAGUCCCUGUUGAAAAGCCUGAACCCAGAAGAGGAUUUUAUGUAGAAACAAUAGUGACAUAUAAAGAAAAUUUUGUUCCAUAUUCUACUAGACUCCACAACUACUGGAAAUCAUGGAGUAGUGGUCCUGGUCCAUCAGAAUAAUUUAUAAUGCUGAAAUCAGGAUUCUGGCAUGAUGAAUAAAUAUGAUGGAAGAAUUGACUUAAAACUUUGUUUGUUUAAAAAUAUAUAAAUGUAUCACAUACAUCUCUGAUUGUACUGUAAUGAUACACAAUAAAUACUUUCCUUGAGUCACCUAAA